AUGCUAUCAAUCCUUAACGCCGCAUUGCUGCGAUUGUGCAACACUGAAUGCGAUGCAUGCCCGUGCCCAGAUCUGCAGCAUUCAUGUCACGGCCUGCAGACUCGAGGGUUUGACGAGCCUUUUUUCCUCCCCGUCCACCCACGAGGCCGCCUCCAAGCACCCAUGGCUCGCAUGGCGCCGCGGCGCGCCGCGAUCGCCCUCGCGGCCAUGGUCGCGGGCUUCCAUGCGUCCAGAGGUUUCCUAGGUGGCCUUUUCAACUCGGCCCACAGCGACUUUCAAGGAGAUUUUCCAGCUCAGGGCCAGCAGGUCUUCGCGGGGCACCGGCCUGGUCCCAGGACGGUGCAUGUUAACAUGAAGGCGGGUGGAGAAGAAGAGAGCCUUCUCUCUGCCGUUAAAGGUGGAAUCAAGGACCGGGUUCUCAAGGCGAUCGAGGGCCUACCAAGCUCCAAAAACGCCGUGAAAGAGGCCGAGGGUGAUUGGCAGGUCACUUGGGACAGCGCCAGUCUUGGCCCAACCAAGAAGACCCUGCUCAAGCUGGUCUGUGAUCAGCUGCCCAACACAAUGGUAGAGUUCUACAGGCAGUACAACCUCAUCCAGGAUGGCAAGUACUACUGGUUGCAGGCCUUCACCAUGGACGGCAUCCAGAGGACGAACGCCGCGCUCCUGAUGUCCGGCCCUUUCAAGGCGGCCAAAUCUGGCAACAAGGGCACCGUGGACUUCCAGGAGGUUCAGAUCGUGCCCUCCCGGCACGGCUCCGCAGAGAGCCGGGAAGCGAUCCGCUCCACGGGGUUGGACAGAUACAUGAAGCCGCUCAAGCUCAAGGAUGGUGGCCCUGUGGAGGUGACGAUGCAUUACGCCAGCGACGAGACGCUGGUCCAGGAAGAUGAAACCGGCAACACCUUCGUCUUCAAAAGGAUGUCGGACUCUUAUCCAAUUCCAUAUAUUUUCGCAGACAAGAAGGCAGAGAGCUGA